UCAAAAAUUUAUAGGACAACAAAUGUUCAUAUUCUAAAUUUAAAUUUUAUCUUUAUACUGGCAAAAAAAAUGUCCAAACGAGGAGGAAGAGGAAAAGUUUCACAUAAAGGAAGAAGGAGGCAUUUUACUGACGAAGAAGAUUUAAAGCACGAUUUAGAAAAAGCGAAAAGAGAGCAAGAAUGGCGGCAAGCAAGAGAAAUUGGUUCUGACGAUGAAGGUAGUGGAAGUGAUGAUAGUUCUUCUGAUGAAGAGGGAGCUUCGCAGAAACGCAAGGGAGUUAGCGGAUUGAUCGAAAUAGAAAAUCCUAAUAGAGUACAGCACAAAUCAAAAAAAGCUGACAAUAUUGAAGUUGAGUCAGCACCAACACAAUUAUCUCGUCGAGAAAGAGAGGAACUGGCAAAACAACAAGAAAAACGUCGAUAUCAAAAGCUUCAUGCAGAGGGCAAGACGGAACAGGGGAAAGCUGACUUAGCUCGUCUUGCGAUCAUAAGAAGACAACGAGAAGAAGCAGCAAGGAAAAGAGAGGAAGAAAAGAAAGCUAAAGAACAAGCAAAGGCCAAGAAAUAACAAGGCAACCUAGUGUCAGAUUAUGAAACAGAAAUUUGUAUAGUAAAAUCUGCCAUGGCAAUUUGAAUCAUUUCUUUGUAAAACAAUAUCCCAAUUCUAUCACUAGCCAUGUAACUUUCACGAGAUAUAAUAAAAAAACAUUCUAACUGAAAA